CGAGAUUUCGAGCGGACACGCGGAGCUACCGCAUCGUGCUAGUGCCUCCACAGUGCCAGGUAUCAUGCCCGGCGCCAUAUUUACAGUUUUGCACAUCCUUGCCAUCUUUUUUGCAUGCAUUCUGCUGCAAAAAAUGAGCUCGGCGAGGUGACCCGAAAAAAACGACGAGCGAUCCGACGUGCAGUGGGGCGCCGGGCUGGCCGUCGCGAGAGAUGCGCGCGAGAGAGCCGGGCACGGGGGACGCCAGCGGUCGCCGCCGCCGCGCAGGUCGACGCGGCGCGGCGACGAUGUUGACGAAGCUCUGGGUCGUGGCGCUGCUGGCCGCGCAGAACGCGCAGCCCGCGUUCGCCGACGAGGAGGACCUGGCGGAGGCCGACGGCGAGGACUUCGGCGGCGACGACUACGACGGCGACUACGGCGACGUGGGGGACUACGGCGGCGGGGGCUACGGCGGCGGCUACGGCGACGACGAGUACGGCGGCGGCGGCGACCCGACCCCGGCCUGGGAGACGGUCGAGUCCUUCGACGGCAUCGCGGAGUUCGUGAACCAGGACGAGACGGAGCCGGCCGUCGUGGGCUUCUUCGACGCGGACCGCGACGCGGACCAGCAGAAGGUGUACGAGGAGGUCGCCGAGGGCUCGCGCUACGACUUCCGCUUCGCGCUGGUCACCGACGAGGCGGCGCGGACCGCCGCCAAGCUGCAGAAGGGCCCGGCGGUGCUCAUCUACGCGCCGCCGCGCUUCGUCAAGGAGGGCGUGGACAAGAAGCGCGCGCGCUACCCGUCGGCCAAGCUCGACGCCGAGGCGCUGAAGAAGUUCAUCUUCAAGCGGAGCGUGCCGCUCGUGGGGCAGAAGACGUGGAAGUCGGGCGAGCGGUACGACAAGCAGGGCGUGCCGGUCGUGACGCUGUUCGCCGCCAUCGACCUCGAGAAGAACGCCAAGGGCUUCGACUACUUCGCGAACCGCCUGCGGAAGGUGGCCGCGGACUACGUGGGCAAGCUCUCCUUCAACAUCGGGGACAAGGAGGACUUCUCCUACCAGCUCGAGGACUACGGCAUCGAGCUGCCGGCGAAGAAGGACGUCGGCGUGGGCGCCAAGGACGGCAACAAGUACUACCGGAUGGAGGACAAGUUCAACGUGGACAACGUCCGGAAGUUCGCCCAGGCCGUCGUCGACGGCGCGCUCGAGCCGAAGAUCAAGGAGGAGCCGAGCUACGACGACGACCACGACGCGUCCGGGGAGGCGGACGACUCGGACUACGAGGAGUCGGACGUCACGGUGCUCACGGACGCCAACUUCGCCGACGAGACCGACGGCAAGGACGCGAUGCUCGAGUUCUACGCGCCCUGGUGCGGCCACUGCCAGGCGCUCAAGCCGACCUACAAGGAGCUCGGGACGCGGCUCGCCUCCGCGGACGUCGUCGUCGGCGCCAUGGACGCGACGGCGAACAGCCCGCCGGACGGCUACGACGUCCAGGGCUACCCGACGCUCAUCUUCAAGACGGCCUCGGGCAAGACGACGUCCUACGACGGCGACCGCGACGUCGACUCGAUGGUGGCGUACAUCAAGGAGCACGCGGAGGCCGAGUCCGUGAAGUCGGAGCUCUAG